ACGACAUUGUUUAUAAAUGGCCACAAAUGGCUAACGAGGUGUUCUCGCGUGCUGGUCUUUACGUUGACGAAUUGAACAAAAUUCGCAUCGCGGAUCCGGAUGCCACCAGAGAAACGCAGGAGCUCAAGGAUGACUGCCACAAAUUCAUCGAGAGGAUGACCGAAUUCCAGUCCGUUGUGGAUAAGUACAUUGCCAUAUCGGACAAACUGGCAGCGGAAGUUGAACACGAAAAGCUAAAGGCCAUUGGAUCCCGGAAUCUGCUGAAGUCUGUCGUGAAAGACCGUGAAACACAACAGCAGCAGCUUCAAGCGCUCGUGCUGGAGAAGAAGAUAGAGCUGGAAAGAUUGAGAAUACAGCUGAAUGCAUUGAAGAGAGAAGAGGCUGAACAGAACGAACUGAUCGAGCAGUUCUCGAUGCAGUCAUGAAACUACUGAUCAAGCCAGAGUGCAACGUAGAAAAUGUUAAUAA